AUGGAAGCGCUUGGUGUAUACGUGUCUAGCGAUGAGGAAGAAACUCGACGCCCAAGUACAUUACACUCUACAAAUUCUCCAUCAUUUUCUCUUCCUGUCAUCAAUUCUUCACCUUUUAUCACUGUCUCUGACCAUCAAGACCAAGCAAAUAAAACAGCCUUCCUGACAGCUGGAACACAGACCCAAUUGGCUUUAAAUCUUCCUAUUGAGUCAACUUUAGCUCCCUAUAUAGGCCCACAAGGUCUCAAUUCAACAGACACUUCAAUACUGGACCCUCUACGUGCUGGUAGCGGCAAGGAAAUCGUUACAGGCGUCGUAGAACCGACAAAUCUCGAAGAUUACAGCUUUGAAGCCCAAUAUCAUACAUUCAAUCAGACUUUGAGCCACAAGUUGACUCGAAAUCGAGUGAAAGGAGCUCCUCCAGCUGCUCCAGCACUAGCUGGAGAGAAGGAGACGGAGUCAAGUGUCCCUUUAGAGGUAGUACAUGCCAAAAAGAGGAAGAACGAAACACUUUUCAAGGAACGAGGAGCUCAAGAAGACUUUGGAGAGGAACAUACGAGUGGCAUUUGGGCCCCAUAUUAUGAUAAAGGCAAGUACUUGACAGAUGUAGAGCAGGGAACACUGACAGAGCAGCAAAAAGUGCUUUUAAAAGAACAUCAAGAAGCCAAACGACGCAAAGCUGAAGCAAAGAGUGAAGUCGAUGAUGAAAUGGAUUUUGACCGGAUGGUCGAAAAGAAAACGGCACAUUUGUUACCGGCGAGAUUGAAAGCUGGACAGAAGGCAUUGGAAGGAAAAUCGACAUUUUGUGGAGAUCAAGAGUAUGAUUAUCAAGGACGGGCAUGGAUCGAACCUCCACGAACUCUUAAACCGGAUGAUGGCGAUCAUCAGGUGUUUCUGCCGAAACGUUGUGUGCACAAAUGGACAGGACAUACUAAGGGUGUUCAGGCAAUUGAACUGUUCCCUAAAUAUGGCCACUUGUUGCUUUCAGGUAGCAUGGAUAAUACAGUGCGUAUCUGGGACGUCUACAAUGAACGCAAAUGUCAACGGGUGUAUGAAGGCCACUCGGGUGCUGUGCGGGGUAUUAACUUUAGUGCCGAUGGACGGCAGUUUUUGAGUUGCAGCUUUGAUCGGUAUAUCCAGUUGUGGGACACGGAAACAGGACAGAUAGUGAAUUCGUUCACGACACGACGAGUGCCAUAUUGCGUCAAGUUCUAUCCAUUGGAUAACACGCAGUUCGUCGUGGGUGACUCCAAUAACAUGGUAGUGCAAUUUGACACUCGGUCGGGCGAGAUUGUGCAGGAGUAUAACCAUCACUUGCAGGCUGUGAACUCGGUUACGUUCGUGGACGACAACAAGCGUUUUGUGAGUACGUCCGAUGACAAGAAGCUACUGGUGUGGGAAUGGGGUAUCCCAGUACCGAUCAAGUACAUUUCGGAGCCAAGCAUGCACUCGAUGCCAGCCGUGACUCUCCACCCAAGCGGUGGCUUCUUUGCUGGUCAGUCACUCAACAACCAGAUCGAUGUCUACUCAGCGCGAGACAAGUUCAAGAUCAACCGUAAGAAGGUGUUUAAGGGCCACCAGAAUGCUGGGUACGCGUGCCAAAUCGGAUUCUCUCCCAAUGGUCAGUACGUCAUGUCAGGCGAUGGCCAGGGUAAGUUGAUGUUCUGGGACUGGAAAUCAACGAAAAUGAUCAAGAAUCUGCGCGCUCACGACCGGGGUCCAACCAUGGGAGCCAUUUGGCAUCCUCUUGAGCCUAGCAAGGUGAUCUCGUGUGGUUGGGACGGCCUCAUCAAGUAUUGGGAUUAG